UGCACAUCUGCGUGUGUGUUUGUGUUGAUAUAAAGAUGUCAGUGUAGACGUCUGUAUAGCGCAACAAGUACUAAUAUUUUAGUUGAAUGUAUAACAUUGAAAUAUUAUGUACACUCUCCUCCAUGGCUUAUAUAAAUAUAUUGCACAAAAGGAUGAAUACUGUGUUUUAAUAUUAGGUUUGGACAAUGCUGGUAAAACAACGUAUCUGGAAGCAGCCAAGACAAAGUUUACGAAAAACUACAAGGGAAUGAAGCCAAGCAAAAUUACGACCACAGUGGGAUUGAAUAUUGGCAAGAUUGAUAUUGCUGGAAUCCGUCUCAACUUUUGGGACUUGGGUGGGCAAGAAGAAUUGCAAUCUCUAUGGGACAAAUAUUAUGCUGAGUCUCAUGCUUUGAUCUAUAUUGUGGAUUCAUCAGACAGAGACCGUAUACCAGACUCAAAGGAAGCUUUUGAUAAAAUGAUUUCCAGUAACUGCUUGAAUGGAGUUCCUCUUCUUGUAUUAGCAAACAAGCAGGAUAUUCCAGACUGCAUGGGAGUGCGUGAAGUGAAGCCCAUCUUUAAUCAGAGUGCUCAUUUGAUUGGUCGAAGAGACUGUAUGGUGAUGCCUGUAUCAGCUCUGACUGGGGAUGGUAUUGAUGAAGGGAUACGAUGGCUUGUGGAUUGUAUUAAACGUAACAGGGAAAUCAGGCCACCGAGGAAUCAGGAUGACACUUGAGUCUAAAAUAAUUAUAACUUCUUGUUACAAGGAACAAAUUGCUAUUUGAUGAGCCAUAUGAACUUGGAUGAGUGUGAUUAUAAUGCCUAAGGUUUAUAUAAUCUUUGUUUCUUGGGAAUACCAAAGCAUGUUAAAAUAUUACAAAUAUUCAGAAUUGCUUGUUGUUUAUUUGUUUUUAAGUCCCUUUUGCUACUGUCACAAAUUGUGGCAUUUUAGUACACCAUGUCUCUUUCAGUAUUGUUGUCAGUUAUACUUGUUAGCUGUAUUGUUGCUUGUAGCAUUUGGGAUCACAUGUUUAGAUUCUUAGUAAGUCUCACCAUUCAGUACAUAAGAAUUUAGCUCUCUUACAAGGUAACAAAGUGAAAGUUAAAAUGGAAAUAAUUUAACUACCACAUAAAGAUUAUACAGUUUACAGAUA